UUCCUCGAACUCAUCGUCGUCCUCGAAUAGAUCCACCUUCACCACUUCGACAGCUGCCUUGGGUUCUGCCGCCAUAGUUACAGAUGUUUAAGCAAAUCAACCAGAUCGAGAAAAAAACCUAAGAAGAAGAUCACCAAACUCGAUUAAUUCCUCCAAGUUAAACCCAACCAGAGCUCUUUAAACGAACCUUUUUUUCGUUUUGGGUCUAACUUGAAGAAGGGGAAAAUUACCAAUUUCCAAUAACCGACCCGAAUCUUAUAUGAUUCAUACCGAAUCCGACCCGAAUCUUAUAUGAUUCAUACCGAAUCCGACCCAAUAUUAAAAAUAUCCGAUUGAGGUUUAAAAGAAGCUGUUUUAGACCGGUCCAAUAGUCGCAUUCGUCUUGACCAAAUCCAUGACAUACAAACCGGUCCAAAAGUUGUCACGCUUUCCCCACAGAACCCAGCUGAGUCAACUCGUUAGUCUGAGUUAACUCGCUAGGCGUGACAGAGCAGUGAAGACAAAGCAAAGUCCUUUUUCGGAUUCCUUCUCUUUCACUAUAAGAUGACAUCCCUCAUUACCAUUUUUCCUUAAAGCUCACUUUUUCUUCUUUAACCUUAUCGCCACAAAACAGCGACAUUCGACGCCAAAUACAUAACAUCGUCGUCAACAGCAAAAUGGCUAGGUCUGGGGUUGAUGAGACAUCAGAAUCUGGAGCUUUUGUAAGAACAGCAUCAACAUUCCGCAACUUUGUUUCACAAGAUCCUGAUUCUCAGUUUCCAGCUGAAUCAGGAAGAUACCAUCUUUACAUAUCUUAUGCUUGUCCAUGGGCUUGUAGAUGUCUUUCUUACUUAAAGAUCAAAGGACUUGAUGAAGCAAUCACCUUCUCGUCGGUUCAUGCCAUUUGGGGAAGAACCAAGGAAACUGAUGAUCAUAGAGGAUGGGUUUUCCCGGAUUCGGAUACCGAGCUCCCUGGAGCUGAGCCUGACUAUCUUAAUGGUGCCAAAAGUGUGAGAGAACUCUACGAGAUUGCUAGCCCAAACUAUGAAGGGAAGUACACUGUUCCUGUUCUUUGGGAUAAGAAGCUUAAGACUGUUGUUAACAAUGAGAGUUCAGAGAUAAUCCGGAUGUUCAACACUGAGUUCAAUGGUAUUGCGAAAACCCCGUCACUUGACCUUUAUCCUUCUCAUCUCAGAGACGUAAUCAACGAGACUAACGGAUGGGUUUUCAACGGAAUAAACAACGGUGUUUAUAAAUGUGGGUUUGCAAGGAAACAAGAACCCUAUAAUGAGGCAGUGAACCAGUUAUAUGAAGCAGUAGAUAGAUGUGAGGAAGUACUCGGAAAACAACGAUACAUCUGCGGAAACACUUUCACUGAAGCAGAUAUCCGAUUAUUCGUCACUCUCAUAAGAUUUGAUGAGGUUUAUGCAGUUCACUUCAAAUGCAACAAGAGACUCUUACGGGAGUACCCGAAUAUCUUCAACUACAUAAAAGACAUUUACCAAAUACACGGCAUGAGUAGCACCGUAAACAUGGAACACAUUAAGCAACAUUACUACGGAAGCCACCCUACGAUAAACCCAUUCGGGAUCAUCCCUCACGGCCCCAAUAUCGACUACUCUUCGCCUCAUGAUCGCGACAGAUUCUCCUCGUGAAAGAAACAAACAUCAAAUGUCAAUACUUGUGUGUGUGUGUGAAAACGUUUCAAGUCAUGUUAUGUUCUACAUUUUGAGAAGUGAAUGUAUGUUUGGAGAUUAACCUAGUUUUUGAAACACUUUGACACAGAUCAUUCUCUUUUAUUUAAGCUUGUUGAUAUGC